AUCAUGCAGCAGGAGAGUGAUCGUCUGUUUGCUGCAGACAUCGAUCCUGACCUCAGGAAACGGUUUGCUUUCCUCUCAGGGGGCCGAGCUGAGAACGGCAGUCCCAUCAUCGUGUUCCCAGAAUUCCCUGCGUUUGGCGAGCUCGAGGAGGAAGAGUUCCACAACGUGCUGACCUACCUGACCAGUGUGCCCAGUGUGACAGCGUCUGGAGUGGGCUUCAUCCUGGUCAUCGACCGCCGCCAAGACAGAUGGACCGCCGUCAAGGGGACCCUGCUACGCAUUGCAGGCUCAUUCCCAGUGAAUUUACAGCUGGUUCUGGUCUUGCGGCCCUCCACCUUAUUCCAGCGGACGCUCUCCGACAUCUUCUUCAAGUUCAACAGGGAUGAGUUCAAGAUGAAGGUGCCGGUGGUGAUGCUGAGCUCUGUGACGGAGCUCCAUGCCUACAUCGACCGGACGCAGCUGCCCCAGGAGCUGGGAGGAACCCAGGAUUACUGCCAUGAUACCUGGAUCUCACACCGCACCGCUAUCGAGGCCUUUGCUCUGAUGGUGAAGACCACGGCACAGACCCUGCAGUCGUUUGGGACGGAGCUGGCCGAGACCGAGCUACCCAACAACGCCCAGGCCACGUCCAACCUGCUGGCCACACACACCGAGAAGAAGGGACAGAUGAAGGAGGACCUGUGUGUGGCCCUGGGCCAGGGGGGCCGGCUCCUGGAGAGCAUCAACGAGCCCCUGCAGAGAGAACCUGACUAUACAAUGAACCAGGACGAACUGGAGAACCUGGCCACCGUGCAGAGACUGCUGGGCCAGCUGGAUGAGACAGAGACAGCGUUUGAUGAUUUCUGGGAGAGACACCAGACCAAGCUGGAACAGUGUCUGCAGCUCCGCCAUUUUGAAUACUACUUCCGUGAGGUGCGUGCCCAGCUGGAUGUGGUGUCAGAGCGGGUAGAGACGUUCUCGGAGGUUGGCAUCAGUCCCGCCCAUGCAGAACACAUCCUACGAGAACUCAACAGCCAGCAGGAGAAAGCCUGCGAUGUGUUGGACUGGGCUCUGGCCCUGGCCACUGAGGGGGAUGGGCUGAUUGAGAGUGCUCACUACGCUGAGGACUCCAUCCUGCCUAAGUGCAGUGAGCUGAGGGCCGUGUGUGAUGAGGUCACCUCCUUCCUCAAGACCAAAAAGGUCCUCCUCCUGAGGGCCAUGGAGCUGCACCACUGUCUGGAGAAGGCAUCGAGGUGGUGUGAGGAAGGGAUCUACCUCCUUGCCUCCCAGCCGGUAGAUAGAUGUCAGUCUCAGGACGGGGCGGAGGCCGCGCUGCAGGAGCUGGAGAAGUACCUGGACACGGCCGCCCAACACCAGAUCACCGACCUCAACGCCAUCUGGAGGGACUAUGACUCCAUCCUCAACCCAGAGCUCAGGGAGCAGGUAGAGAAGGUGUUUCAAAAGCAGGUGUCCAUGCAGGAGAUGUUUGAGAAGAGGAGGGUCAGUCUGAAGAAGCUGGCAGCCAAACAGACACGGCCCGUCCAGCCAGUGGCUCCCAGGCCUGAAGCCAUCAUCAAGUUCCCCAUGUCCCCUCCUUCUCACAGGAGUCAAGAGACGAGGAAUGCAGAGGACAACAUCUUGAACGUAGAAAACUGCAGAAUAGUGGAGGUCCAGGUGCAGAACGGCGGCAGCAGACACGGCUCUCUGUCUGAGGAGGAGAACCUGGCUGUGCUCCGACGACAUGUAAUGAACGAGCUGUUGGAAACUGAGAGGGCCUAUGUAGAGGAGCUACUCUGUGUACUGCAGGGUUAUGCUGCAGAGAUGGACAACCCUGCCAUGGCCCACCUCCUCCCCAGUGCGCUGCUCAACAGGAAGGAUGUCCUGUUUGGAAACAUGCCAGAGAUCUACCAGUUCCACAAGAGGACAUUCCUCAGGGAGCUGGAGACCUACACAGACGUCCCUGAGCUGGUGGGACGCUGUUUCCUGGAGAGGAUGGGCGACCUGCAGAUCUAUGAGAAGUACUGUCAGAACAAACCUCGCUCUGAGAGCUUGUGGAGACAGUGCUCCGACUGCGCCUUCUUCCAGGAGUGCCAGAGAAAGUUGGAACACAAACUGGGGUUGGACUCGUACCUCCUCAAGCCAGUCCAGAGGAUAACCAAAUACCAGCUGAUACUGAAGGAGUUACUGAAGUACAGUAAGGGCUGUGAGGGUUCAGAGGACCUGCAGGAGGCGCUGUCCUCCAUCCUGGGGAUCCUGAAGGCCGUCAACGACUCCAUGCACCUCAUCGCCAUCACAGGAUAUGAGGGGAGCCUGACGGAGCUGGGCAGGCUGCUGAUGCAGGGGUCGUUCAGCGUGUGGACGGAACACAAGAAAGGUCACGCUAAGGUCAAGGACCUGGCCCGCUUCAAGCCCAUGCAGAGACACCUGUUCCUGCAUGAAAAAGCCUUGCUCUUCUGUAAGAGACGGGAGGAGAAUGGGGAGGGUUACGAGAAAGCCCCGUCCUACAGCUUCAAACACUCCCUCAACAUGAGUGCGGUGGGCAUCACGGAGAGCGCCAAGGGUGACAACAAGAAGUUUGAGAUCUGGUGUAAUUCCAGAGAGGAGGUGUUUAUCGUCCAGGCUGCGACACCUGAGAUCAAAACAUCUUGGUUGAACGAGAUCAGGAAGGUUCUGACUGGCCAGCUGAAGGCCUGCAGGGAAUCUAGUCAAAAGAAGGCGUCAGACACAAUGUCUCCCAGUCCAACCAGCAACAGCCCACCGAUCUGUCUCAGGUCAGAUUUUACAGAGAGACCAUGGCUAGAGACAGUUAGAGAGAAGGAAUCAACAUGGUUGGUUCUUCUCUUUUUCACCUGUUUGUUUCUCCCUCAUAGUCCAUUUAGGAACUGUCAGAAGAGCGUGAAGAAGGGAGAAGAGAAGAAGACAGAUGCUGUCUUCUCUGACCCCAACUCCCCCUCCUCCCCAAAACACAAAGGUUGGAACAAGGCCUCUUUCUCCAUGGACGUGCCAGAAGUGCAUGAUGGGUACUCCAGCGCCGAGGACCCCAUGAACUCUGACCCUGAGGAUGAGGGAGGCAGGAAGCUGGCUGUCGGCGACAGGUUCACAGUGGUGGCGGACUAUGAGAAGGAGAAAGGAGGUCCUCAGGACCUGUCAGUGAAGAGUGGAGACAUGGUGCAGCUGAUUAAAGAGGGAGAUGACGGACAGUGGUUUGUUAGAAACAUGGGGAGCAACAAAGAUGGCUGGGUAGCAGCAGCCAACCUUCUCACCCUCAUCACAGAGUCCAAGUCCUCGCAGUCCCUCUGCAGCUCAGAGGGCAGCAUAACUGGCAACCUCAGCACCUCCUCCAGCUGCAGUGAAACCUACACAAGUUUCUCGGACAUCAAGCCCUAAAGUCCCACCCCCUCUAAGCCCUGAGACACAGCUACAGCGCCACCCAGUGGUUGACUGUUCAAACGACACGUGCACUUUUCCCCUCUACUACUGUUCAAAUCAAAUCAAAUGUGCCGAAUACAACUGGUGUAGCCUUUACAGUGAAAUGCUUGCACACGUUAGUUUUCAUUACAGUCCAUAGAUACUUCACUCAUACUGAAGUGGAGGCUGCCUGGAAUGUAGCAGAAAGCAGUCUAAUAGCUGCUUAUCUGUCAAUGUGAAGGGAAGGUAAUGAAGGACUGCUUUCCUCUGGACAUACUCUACUCUCAGGGAUAAGAGGUAGUGUCCUGGCCUUGUUACUGUGAUUGAGGGCUAGCACACAUUGAGAACAGGAAGUUCAGGCCUCUCCCCUACCUGUUUGACAGAGAUGAACAAGGAAGGACACACCCGCUCCAUUCACACACACAGGCAGGCUUUGUUAGCCUAGCGUGGUACCGCUCCUCCCACUCCAACAAGGUGACAGUGAUAUGGAGCCAGGAGCUCCUCUACUGAACUCAACACUUCAACAGACAAACAAACAGACGCCUCAGUCUCUCUCCUGUGGACUCGUAACCAGUUGUGUCACAAUGUUUCUCUGUGUCAGGCAGUCAACCUCCUCAGUAUGUCCUCAGUCCUCUCCUGAGUGACUUUAAAAAUAGAUGAGGGAUUUAUAUUUCAUAUGUUUCCCCAAGACAAACUAAACUGUAAAAGUGUCGAGACAAUCACAUUGUAGCAAGAAUGCAAAUUAGAAUGGAAUUGUCAUGAAAUACUUUUUGAGUUUGGUCAACUCUGUAUAUCUAUGGCUUUGUCCAGAGGCCCUCCAGUACAUUUCCAGUCCCUCUCCCUCCCUCCCUGUUUCUCCUUCCUCCACCUGUGCUGUCUGGGCUAUUAGUGAACUCUUGGCUUUGUUCCCAGUGAUCUGAGAGAGCUGGGCUUUAAACUACCAGGUGUUCUUUAGGCAGGGGCGAUAUUACAGGACGGUCAGAUAUCAUAGAUACUUCAACAAUAACAGUGCUCAGGAUGUUCUUCUGAAUCAUUUUCUCUUGGCUCAAAGUGAAAUCUUAUACACUACACAGAAAUCCCCUGAAGAUUGAGAUUCCCAUAAAAAGAUUAAUGUCAGGUCGAUUGAUGUUGAAAUAACUGUGUACUGUACCAGAGAGUAUAGACUUAAAAUGAAUUAUUUGUAUGCGUUAAUCAAUGUGUGUAAGUUCAUUUAUUUGAGAAAGAUUUGUACAGAAUCUACAGAUAUUAUUAUCCUAUACCUCGUAUUUUUCAUUUAAAAUGUGUAUGUUGUGUAUGAGGACCAUGGAUAUGUUUUCGUGGGUCUAAGUAUAUCAAAGAUAUUUUAUUAAUUGGUUGGCGGAGCAUGUUUCCAUGGUAAUUUCUUAACUCCUGAGACAACAUAUAUUAAUAGAAAUAUCAUCCUUUUCCUCAUUUGAGAAUGCAGUCUGUACACUGAAAACCGAAGAUGGUGCUGAAAGUUCAACUCAGAAUGAUGGUUGUCUCAAAUUUUAGCACGCACAAUAAAAGGUUGUAAACUGUUUUGGUUAUAACCGUUUUAGUUAUAACUGUUUUUAUAACUUAUUGUUCUACUGUAUAUAUUUUUGGAUUUUCCCCCAGUGAGAUGACAAUGUUGUUACUGUGUGUCACAUUGUUAUACAGCACCUUGCCGCAUUAUUUAGUUCUUUAUUUUCCUACGGUAACAAGUAUUGAUACAGAUCUUAUAUAAUUAAUGAUAUGCAUUCAUAUCUGUGUAUAUGUGUAAAUAUGUAUCUCUGAGGUGUAUUAUUAA